CGACUCCACGUCUCCAGCUGCGACAAGCUAAGCUACUAACCUUAGCUGCUGUUACCUGCUGCCGAUCGCCCUCCUGGUUAUCCCACCCCAUGGAGACUGUCACUCUCUUUGUCUAUUUGAUUUCUUCACUCCGUCACACACAAUCCUGCAAUGGCCCCUGGUCCGUUUAAAAGGAAGCCCUUGGGUCUCGAUGUGCCCCGCACUGUUGCGGUAGAGUCGCCGCCUGGCAUUGCGGCUCUCUUCGUCAUUCGUUUCGACAUCAAAGCUGGUUAUGUGAUCUUCUGGAAACGAACAAUCCCCGGGGUUGAUAUCGAAGGAGCGGUGGAAUACAAAUCACUCCCAUCCGGUUUACACAAUGUGUCAGAGGACUUGGUGUACUUCAUCCACGAGCAAUAUGCUGGCAUUAGUGCUUUCGUCAACUGGCCUGCGGAGGAGGCAGAGCGCAAUGCGAAGAUGUUCGCCAUUGGGGUCCUCGUACCCUUAAGCUCAGGAAGACUAGGAAAGAGCUGGAGACAUGCGCCCAAGCUGAAGGAAUUGGCGCAGAGUUAUGCCCAGGAUAUGUCCAAGACCCAGCCCCUUGAAGACUACUGGGGAGCUUUUGAGACUCGCGACAGUGACAGUGCCAUGCCCCCCGAUUCUCCGUUGGAAUCCCCGCUCAGCUUUCGUCUGAGGGCCCACGGGGACCGGCCCGACAGCAUGCUUCGGAGCCGCGCAUUCAGCGAUGCGAUCAUGUUGGAAACGCCCAGGCCGGCCCUGACGCCCUUCCACCCAGCUUCCUCGCUUCCAGAUUUCCUUGAUUCGUUCGGUCCCCUCAUUUUUCCUCUGUACAGAGCAGCCCUGCUGCGUAAGCGAGUCCUUUUCAUGGCAGAGCCUCCAGUUCAUGUUCCUUGUAGUUAUGUAUAUGAUCUAUCUUUAUUGGCCUCGUUGCCUAAUUCGCUCCUUCCCCUGCUCCCUCAAAACGGGCUCCCUCCUCCCCGACCGCGCCCCUUGUUCAACGUGGGCAUACACGACAUCCCCUACCUUGCUUCCUUUGUGGGUGCCUCGCCCAAGACCGACCGUGACUCGGCCUGGAUUGCCUGCAGUACGGACAGCGUCUUAAGCGUGAAGCCCGAACUCUUUGAUGUCCUAGUCACCUUGCCGCCCCCACAUUCCAGAAACGCUGCGGAGAAGGUGUUCCCCACCGUCUCUAUCUUCCAUACCCAGCCCACAAAGGGAAGAACGCCCCAGUCAGUCGUCCUGAAGGCGACCCAGCGAGAUGCGCGCCGUUACUACACUCUCUGCAGGGGUCUCCGCCACGUGUCCCAGAACGAGGACGCACAAACCGACCCUGACGACGACUCCGACGCGGCAUCCACCUACUCCUCCAGUCCCAUCGUCGAGCCCCUCUCGUGGGCUCGCCUGGCAUACACCUCUUUCAUCUGGUGGGCUUCGGCGGGCGAAAAGCGCGACGGUCUGUCCGAAGAGGAGGAAGAAGAGCACCAGAUUGAGCAAGACACGCGCCUCCUCGCCAGUGUCGAGACCCUUCCCAGCCCUCCCCUAGGCUCUAUUGGCCGGCGCAGCAUCCCACCCCAUCAAUCCGCGCAGCAGCCCCCCGAAAUCGCCCUGGUCGCAUACUUCCGCCGCCUCACCACCCAGAUUUUCAUCACCCUCUCCGACGUGAUCGCCCGCCACGACAGUCGCAAUCUCCCGGAUGACAACGACGACGACGACGACAAUGAACCACCGUACGAAGACGACAACGAAGAGGAGUAUGACCCUGAAGACGAGGACGACCCCGAGCCCUCCUCCCUCGCUAUUGGCCGUCAUUCCCCCCAAGCAGACGAGGACGACUCCCGGCGGCCCCUCCUCUCUCAGCAGCAGCCCAGCGAAAUCCGCAAUGGCAGCGCCCACCCACACGACUCCGACCCUGUCAAGAUCACCUCCGAGGAUCUGACGGAGAUGGGCCUGGACGUGUGGAGCGCCGCCGACCGGGUCUUCGUCGAGGAGCUCGUCCUGCUCUGGUGGGGCCGCAGGGCGUACGUCGACAGUGCGCGCCUCAGAUGUUGUGGUGUUUCGCUCCUAUAAGUGUGAUUUGUCUGUCUGCUUUCCCGUGCGCAAAAACUAGCAUGAUACUCGCUAGCUUUUUUUUUCUGGUUUUUCUGCUCUCUAUCUUCUUGCCAAAUCGGUAACGGAUCUUUCUGCUGCACGCUUGAGAAGACAUAGUAUAUAUCAUUAUCUAGUCGCAUGGCAAUUGUCAUAUAGUAGAGUCUCAGUCUUUCGCGCUUGGGCGUAAGUCAAUCCCAGGAAACAAACAACUGUACCUAUUCUAG